UGAGAUGUCCACCCGUCGGCCGCGCUAUCGAGGGGAGCGCAUGUCCCAACCGACAGUCGAGGGCGUAUAAGACGAGCCGGGGACGGCCGUGUCGGACGAUCUAGAUGGCAGCCGGUUCCCCAGCCCUCAUUCGCACCGUAAUCCCAUCUGCUGCUCUACCUCCUCCCCCCAAAGGCUCACACCGGGACAGGUUUCCCCCUCCGACAGCGGAAAGAUGGCUUUCCAAAACGUCACCCAGGCCGCGUCGAUCGCGGCCGACGGCGUCGACGUCUUCUUCCGCACCGCCGGCGACCCGCAGAACCCCGCCAUGGUGCUGCUGCACGGCUUCCCGACCUCGUCGCACAUGUUCCGCAACCUGAUCCCGCUGCUGGCCCUCAACUUUUACGUCGUGGCCCCGGACCUGCCCGCUUUCGGCUUCACGAAAAUCCCCGCGGGCCGCAACUACGCCUUCACCUUUGACGCGCUCGCCAACACCUUUGCCGCCUUCCUGGACGCCAUGCAGAUCUCGCGCUAUGCCGUCUACGUCUUCGACUACGGCGCCCCCGUCGCCAUGCGCGUCGCCGCCGCCCGCCCGGACAGUGUUGCAGCCAUCAUUACGCAGAACGGCAACGCUUAUGAAGAAGGGCUGGACGAUGCGGGCUGGGCCGGGUUCCGCGCCUACUGGGCCUCCAACUCCACCGCGGACCGCGACGCCCUGCGCCCGCUCCUGACGCUCGAGUCGACCCAGAUGCAGUACAGCGCCGGCUUCCCCUUCCCCGAGGCCGUGCAGCGCGAGGCCGCGAUCCUAGACCAGGCCCUGCUGGACGCGGGCGACAAGGAGGUGCAGCUCGACCUCUUCUUCGACUACCGCAAGAACGUGGAGCUGUACCCGUCCUUCCAGCAGUACUUUCGCGACUCCGGGGUGCCCAUCCUGGCCGCGUGGGGCAACAAGGACCCCUUCUUCACCGUCCCCGGCGCCCAGGCCUACGGCCGCGACGCCCGCGUCUUCCAGCUCGAGCUGCUCGACGCUGGCCACUUCGCCCUCGAGACAAACGAGGUCCGCGUCGCAGAGCUCAUCAACGGCUUUGUGACGAGCAACAACGUCUUUGGCAAUGCUGCCGGGGCCGCUGCGGGCGCCAACACCCCUGCCGCCGUGCCAGCUGCCCCCGGCACCAUCGCCCCUGGCACCGUCAUCCCUGGUGUUGGCACGGUGCAAGAAAUCACAAGGAUCGUCAUUGGCGCUUAGAUGCAUUGGGAAAGAGGUAAUGAAAGAGAAAUUGGUAUCUGGGUAGUCAUGAAUAGAACUGAAGAUAAUAUUGAUGGUGAAUACGGGCGCGAU